UAAAGAAAACGUCAAUAUCGACAGGUAAAUAUGAAUGGUGAGAGUGAAUAAUCAGGUAAAAAUCAAUCAACUGGUGCGACACAAUCACUGGUUAACUUACAGAUCAAUUUAUAAAUUGUUGUUAUGUGUGUGAGCUGACACGUUUCAUGCAAUACUGUAUCAAACAACAGAGUAACAGUGAUCAGUUGAGUUGAUGUGUUGAACUACUUCGAAAUGAAGCCAACCAUUCACUAAUAAUUUGAAAGUUUACCACUAAACCAAGUAUAAACUUUAAGGUGUCAUUACAAUAUGAAUCAAUACCUUUCCAGCUAAACCUCCACCUCCAGCUCAAAAACCUCCUUCCUUUUAUCUCCGUAUUAACUUAAAAUUUACAAUAAUUUAUUAUCUCCUCCUUUAAUCAUCAGCAACCCCUUAUUGUAGUCUCCUUUUCAAAUUAAUUGCUCAUUUAAACAUCAUGUUUAAUCUCACAUUCAGUGAACAACAGUAUUGUUGUUAACAACUUAACUCAUUUGUUUUUGCCACCGUUGCUCUUGUUUACCUUAAUUUAUCCCUUUUCUCACAUCAUUUUCACUUGUUUUCAGUCCAUUUUGGAUUCCAAUUCUUAACCAAUGGCACCCAAUGCCGGCUACAAGGAGAUUAAUGUUGUCCAUCGAGCUUCAGCUGUAAACAACAAUAACAAUAAAAAUGGUUCUUCAAAGAAAGAUGUUCAACUUAAUGGUGACCGUAAGCAGCGACCAUCGAAUAACAAAAAGACCAAAUCAAAAUCAACCUCAUCAUGGAAACCUUCAAACAGUACAUUAAUGACUUUGUUUUCAUUCAUCUUCUUCGUAUCUGGUCUAAUAUUUUAUUACAUCCCGAUUGAAAAGCUAAUCAAAGCCAAACCAAUUGCUUCAGAUAAAGAGGAUUUCAAAUGGAUGGUCACAACUGAUCAACAUGUUGGUCCCAAUGUCUUUCUUCAUGAUGUCCCAUGUCAUCGACCAGGCUAUCGAAGGGAAAGAGCAGCUGGAGCUGAGCCACAACGUUGUGGUACAUUGAUCUAUGAUGAAUUGGUAUCAUUGGAAGAAGCCGCUCGAUUAAGACAAAUGGCAGCCAAAUUGGUUUAUGAAAUUGGGGAAACUAAUCCUUAUAGCCGAGAAUCAAUCAACCUUCAUUGGGUUAAUCUUCAUACUGUGUUCAAGCGAGGUUACAAAGAAAAGGUUUUCAAUGAAACGGAUUUCAAAUUGGUCAAGAAAGCAUCAGAAAGAGCAAAGACUGUUAUUGCUGAAACCUUUGGAAUACCAAGAAACUCUUUACACUUCACAACGGUUGCACAGUUCACUCGAUACCGACCAAUGACUCGUUACUCCCAGUUCCGUCAUGUCGACAAGGUCCGAGUUCAAUCUUUGAUUGUUACAUCCAUCCUUUGGCUAUCAACAUAUGAUUACGAUUUCGGCGGUGGAACCACUUCCUUCUUGACUGCACCUGAUUCUCCACCUUUUACACCUUACAUUGUUCAGCCAAAAAUUAAUAGAUUUGCUGCUUGGACUUCAGGAUGGGAAAAUCCUCAUGAAGUAAUGCAAUUACUUUGGGGAGAAAGAUUAGCUUUAAUCUUCGCAUUUACAGUCAAUCCAAACUUGGGUGAAAAAAAUAUGGAAGCUUUAAGAACUUGGGCUCAAGCAUUACCAGACAACCCUUUCUAUGGCUGAUCAUAAAGUUUAACAACUCAAAAUAUUCAACUAAUAAUCAUCUUCACCAUCUUGACAUGUUACCCAUCAAAUAGAUUUGACUAUGGAGGGUACAUCACUUGAAGCCCGACUAUCAGAACGGUGAUUCUCUGGAAAACAAGUAACAUCAAAACAAUAAAUCAUUCUCAUUUACACCUUCCAUCUCUUGUUAAUACUAUUAACAUCACUUUAUAUUGUAAAAUAAUUUAUUAAUGACAAUGGUCAAAACCAAAUGUUUAUUUCAUAGUCUUGUCAUCACUUGUUUUACCAAAAUGUUUAAAGAAAGAUAAGAAAUAAAUGAAAAAUACUCUUUUCUCUUC